CAACAUAUGUCGAGAGCAUCUUUGUCAUAGGGUAUCGUCGUGCGUUGUUAUUUAAAUGCAGCUACCAAAACGCAAAACUCCGCAAGUUUGAGGAAAACUCGAAAACUCAACACAAACAAAUGCGAAUUUGUUGAAAACUACAUAAAAAUGAGUCAAGAAUUUGAUAUAUUCAAAAAUCUAGAUUCGCUAAGAAAUACUAAUCUUUUGGACAAACUUAAGACCUUAGAAACCGCCAACAAUUCAAAUGGUGAUGCUGCAAAUGAUAGUUUGAACGAUGAUUUUGAUCUAGAUACGUUUUUAAAUAAUAAUAAUACCGAUAAAGGCAGUCCUUCUAAGCGUGUCAAAAAGAAUGGUGCACAGGCCAACGCAAAAGCCUCGGCUAAAACUAAAACCACGCCAAAGAAAAAAACACAGCGUCGUAGCUCAACAACCUUUUCAGAUAUUUCCUUGCCUCCAACAAAAACUUCUACAAAAAGUAAAAAUGUUCCCGCGGCUGUCGAGGUGGUCAAUAAUGUUGAUAUCCCCAAGAAAACACGUCGUCGUCGUCGUGACACUUGGUCUCCAACGGAGUACUUGUUGAAAAACAAAAUUAUUGAUCCGACCGAAAAUGCGGAGGGUAAGAAGAAAACACGUAGUCGUCGCCGUUCCUCUUCAACAGAGGAAAUGUUGGAAAAUCUUGACCUACCGGCUAUGCCUUCAAUAUUGGAGAGUUCACGCAAAAAUAAUCUUGCCAGUGCAUUAUCACAAAUGGGUAAUGUGGGCGACUUAAACUUAGCUAGCAUGCCCACGAGGAGUGAUUUUUGCGCAAUUAGAAGAAUGGCAGAAGAUCAGGCAGCUCGUGCAGCUGCUGCUGAAAAAGCAGAACUAGCCAAUGCUAAGAAAACACCAGCAGGCAGUCUACAAAAUACGGCAAGCGGACGAGAUCGAAUUGACCGUGAAUGUAUUGCAGCUGCUAUUCGAAGAGCGGAACGUGGCAAUGCUAAAAAGCCAUCAGCAGCCAAGAGCCAAAAAAAGGCUCCAACAAGUCGACAAGAAAAGCCCAAAGGCCGUGGUAGAAGUCGGACUCGCGGUCAAGGUCAAACUAGAGGUCGAAAAAUUAAACGGAAUUCCUUUAUAGUUGAUAAUUCUCCACAUAAUUCCUUGUCUAGUGUUUUCAAUAGCUCUUCGGCUAGCAGUAGCUCUUCUGAUGGCAAUAAUUCAUCAGUUGUGCAGAGUGAAUCGGAACUAGAACCAGAACACGAACCCGAAUCUCAACCUGAACCGGCUGUUGCCAAUGCACCAUCUAUAAUGGAACGUUUCUUGGAACAAGCUCGGGGACGUGGUGCCCGAGGUCGUGGCAGGGGGCGUGGCCGUGGACAAAUCAAUAGUCGUUCACGCCGCAGCAACGUAGCUGAAAUUGCUGCCCGCCUGCCUCAAGUGGACUUUAUUGACUUGGUUUCAAGUCCUGCGCCUCGUGUCGAGGGUUUGAUUACCUUGGACUCCGACGAUGAACAGGAUAUGCCACGUACUCGAGCCCGAAGAGUUUCUGCCAAAAAUAAAUCUCAAAAAACAGAUUCUGAAACAAAAAGUCCCUCCUUGGAUAUAUCACUGGACGAUGAUAAUCCAGAGGUAUCAGUUAAAAUCAAAUGGAAGGGCAAACCAGAGGCAUUUAAGUUGCGCAAAUACCAGAAGUUUUCCAUCAUAUUUCAACAGCUGGCUGAACGAGAAGGUACCAAUAUGGAAAGUAUGGUUUUCAAUUUGGAUGACCGCAUUGUUACUGCCGACGAUACACCGGAUUCCAUAGAUUAUAAAAUUUUCCAAUUCAUAAAUGGUCGGGUUUUAAGCAGUAUUCUCGAUUCGCCUGGAGGCCUAACAAGCGGUAGGGCAAAAAAACCACGCAAUCCCAAUGAAAUCAGUGUAAAGGUACAAUCGGAUAAAUGGAAGCGUCCCUUGCAGAUUGAUCUGCUAAAAACCGACAAAUUUCGUAUUCUAUAUAUAAAGUGUUCGGAAGAGCUAAAGGUUGGCAUAGAACAACUAAAAUUAAGUUUCGAUGGCGAGCUGUUGGAAUUAAACGAUACACCUGCUGAUCUCGAUUUGGAAGGUGGUGAAGUAAUUGAUUUACGUCUUCGCGAAUAGUACACAUUUUCUCAAUGAUGCAUUAACCUAAAGCCAUGGUAUUGAGCUUCUAGAACUGACAUGUUGAUGUAAUCGAUUUACGCCUUAGAUUAUAGAAAUGUGUCAUACCAGUGUCCAACAUGUCGUAUGUUUUGUUUUGUACUUUGGGUUUAUUUAUGAUCUAGAAACCCUUAUAGAAAACAAAACGACAGUUAUAAUUAUUGUUAUACAGUUUUGUUUUAGGCUUUAUAUACUUCUAUCCUAUACUAUAUUUCAGAACUGAUUCUACGUCACUCUCUCUUAAAACUGAUAUUUUUCAUUGGAUUUUGUUUUCGUUUUGGUCAAUCUAUGCAAAUGGUUUAACAAUUCUUUGUAAUUUCUAUAAUACUUUUUUUUUCUUAUUUCAUAUAUAUAU